UUAAGACAUCAUGCAGGUGUAUCUGUUGGGCGUGGUCGUGGCCCUGGGCGUGGUUCUGUGUAUUGUCAUCGUCAUAGCAGCCUACAUCUUUUGUCGAUUCAAGUCAGACCCCGCUAAGGACGAGCGCUACAAUGACUUUCUCAGCAGGGUGCAAGUCGGGGGACAAGACUCGAUCACCCUUGGACUCAAGAAGGCCGCGCCCAGACGAUUGGGUCAAAGGAACGGGAGCCGGUUAAAAGCAUCCGACCCGAAUGUGUCGCCUGGCCCACCCGUCUCCCCAGUCGUCCUCAAUAGCAACUACAGUUUCACCAUUCCAAAAGCCACAUCGCCUGGAUUCCAGGGGGAUUCGUUUACGUUAGAGAAGCCGCAGCCAUCAGUAGGAGCCCUCAGCCCGACCUCCAAGACGCCCUCUAUGAUGGCUCGCCUCGACCCCGCCCAGCUCGACCCAUCCGCACACAUGUACAAAGAAAACCACACAGGACGCAAGCUCUCGGCCGAUGCCGGCGUGGCCGGGCCUAGCCUGGGUAUCAUCAAUUUCUCGCUCAAAUACAACCCGGAGAUGGGGCUGCUGACGAUACGACUGAUCCAGGCUAGGGAACUACAUCCGAGGGAGUUCAGUGGCACGGCAGAUCCCUACUGCAAGAUCUCCGUGGUGCCUCACUCCAGCAAGAUGCUGCAGAGCAAGGUCCACCGCAAGACCCUGUGCCCGGAGUUCAAGGAGAGCUUCGUCUUCGAGAUCCCCGAGCCGGACAUCCACCGCCAGACGGCCCGCAUCCAGCUCUUCGACUUUGACCAGUUCUCCAGGGACGAGUGCAUCGGCACGGCCGUGCUGGCCCUGACCAACGUGGACCUGACGGAGAAGGUGGAGGUGUGGAAGGAGAUCAAGGCGGUGGCGGUGGCUCACAGACAGCAAAGUGACGAGGCUCCGGAGUUGGGCGACAUCAUGUUCUCCCUUGCCUACCUACCGAGUGCCGAGCGGCUGACCGUGGUUAUCCUCAAAGCUAGGAACCUCCGAGCCAUCAAACUACUUGAAGAUAGGAAAACGUCAGAUCCGUACAUCAAAGUGUCGAUAUUUUGCUCCACCAAGCGAAUGAAGAAGAAGAAGACGUCGACGAAACACAACACCGUCCACCCAGUGUUCAACGAGGCGUUAGUCUUCAACGUGAUGCAGGAGUCACUCCGGCAUCUCACACUAGAGUUCCAGGUCAUACACGAGAACAGAAUAGGCCAGAACGAGGUUGUUGGACGAGCGGUCUUGGGCCCCGACUCCCAUGGCGAGGAGCUAGCGCAUUGGAACGACAUGAUCUCUUCCAGCAAACCCGUGGCCCGGUGGCACAGACUGGUCACAUAACGGCGGCCAUCUUUAUUUAUUCGCUCAAGGGAAAGUUUUUCUGAAAAAAGAAGAAUGUAACAAUUUAUCUAUUUUGUAUAAAAAGUGUACUUGAAUUAUUAUGACCCUUCAGUAUUGGUUCAGGAGUCGGGUGCCUUGUGGCAAGAAUCACGCAUUUUGCAUGGAAUGACAAAAGGUGCAAGACCGGGGCAGGACUGUGAAAGAAGACGCUCAGUCAGAGAGUAGUCAUUUUCAACGCUAUGUAUCUCUCGUGCGGUAAAUCUGAGGGACUUCCUAAACAACAAGUUGCGUGCUUAGUGUAAAACAGCCGAAUACCAGAAACAAACAGUAUACACUUCAAAUGACAGUUUCGCUGGUAACUCUUUAUUGUGCUAAGCGACUUUGUGACCUUACGAGCUCCGUGGACUUGACCCCAGGGUUUUAAACUUUGUCUGCACAAAAUGAACGACACAAUUGAAUAAAGGUUGGGUGUUGUUAGCAAAGGCAGUGUAACGGCACAAGAGUGGAAUAGUAACUGUAAUGACAAUGAUAACAGUUCUUAGGUGCGGUUAAUCUGAAAUAUUUCAAAGGCGCCUUUCUAGAUGACGCAAAGGAAGAUUAUCACGUGGUGGGGAAAAAAGAGAGUGCAAAUAUAUAUUUUUUAAAUGCUGCAGUUAGGAAGAGAUGAGAAAGAGAAAUAUUUAGAUUGAGAUCGACAUUUCUAAAGAUUUAAGAGACGAAUCGUCAAACGAUUGGUUGGGAUUGUUCACAUAUUCCGUGUGUAUACAGUUUGAUCGUGUUUUUGAUGUCAUUUUGUUCUCCCGAUUCGUCGUUUGGCAGAGAUCGUGAUUUCACGAAGGACACGACAAUGAACGUGAAUCUUGCCCCCGAUGUGGGAACUGAGGUUUUGUACCGGCACCACUUUUGCACCUGUUUGUAUGAUUGUAUUGGAAAAACUCCUGAUAAAUAAUAGUUUACUAAUUGUUUUGGUGUCAUUUGUUUAAUAGAAAAGCUCACGAAACAUCAUUAGACAUGAAAUGGCCCAUUCGUGCAGGAAAUGAACUAUCGUGAACUGAAGAAAACUUUCGAACGCCAAAAAAGUAAAAGGAAUAUCAUGUAGUUACAAAGUCGCUCACUCCGUGCUCUUCAAAACAAAUUGAUUUUUUUUCCAUAACGAAUUCUCAAUUUGUGUGUUUUGUUUUAACGAAGAAAAAAUUACACUAGAGCGUCUGCAACUCUUAAAAAGGGCUUUUUGGCUCAAAUGAACCCGCCCUGCGAGAGCCGAAUUAUUGUCCGUCAGCUUCGUUUCGAAUUUUGUGCCCCCCCCC